AUGGGCCUGCUUGAAGAUUCCCCUGUUGAGCCCGAAACACCUCCGCCCAGUUGGUCACCCGCCAGCCGCGACUUUUGGAAGAAGCCUUCAAGAUGGCAGAUCUGCAUGCCCCGGUUACGCCUGGUGCUAAAAGUAGUCGCCACGUUUGUCGGAUUCAUUUUGCUCUUCAAGAUAAUGAAUGCAACACCUCCCGCUCCACCGCCUGAACCCGCACCAGAAAUACCAGAAGUUCCUGAAGGACCAGAUAUCCCUGAAAUCAUAGAGACCCCAGAGAUCACGGAGCCUCCAUCCCCACCGCCCACCGAGGAUGAGUUGAUGGAAAUGACACUGGAGAACUCAAAGAAAGAGCAAUGGAUAUGGAAAGACUUUCCAACGCAUGACGGUUUGACGCGUGGAACGUCACAUCUGCGCGCUUGUGAGACCGGUGAAAUCGACUGCAAAAAGACGAGUCCUCUCCUCGUUCGCUAUGAUGGCUAUCGAGCUUUUCAGGAACCCCUGGAACACAUCGUAUCCUGCGUUGGUCCGCGUGGUGUACCAUUGAAUGAGAGCUAUGAAGACGCCGUUUGGGCGUAUCCUGGUCAAGCAAACGGUGCUGUCGAGCCUAGCCUUGGAUCGUAUGAGGCGUCUGGCUUGGACGGAAGUGUAUCUUUUGAUCGCGUUGGUCGUUUUCAGGCGUAUGGCCUCGAUCAGUGGGAUGCUGCUGAUGUCCAAGAAAUGAAAAAGAUGAGCGACGUCGACUGGGACGUGGUUGACUGGGGUGAAUUACAGGAUGACUGUGCUGUCGUCAACAAACACCGUUUUCGGCCACUUAAAGAGCGACCUGCUAAUUCGAUUCAAUAUUCCAAUCUUCGACACAAACAUGACAAAUCUUCGUCCAGAACGCUCUCCUCGACGCUAGAACCCGGCAUGGUCAAUAAGGCUAAGCGCACCGCGAUUCUCAUUCGUGUUUGGACCGGUGCAAAAUGGACUGCCGACGCCGUGAUGAAUAUUCGCGCAAUGAUUGCAGAGGCUUCUUUGGCCAGCGGAGGGAAGUAUCAGGUAUUUCUUCUUCUUCAUGUCAAGGACGAACAUAUCCCACUCUUUGUUGGCGAGGACGAGCCGAGAGCAACGAUCGAGAAGCACAUCCCACCCGAAUUUCGAAGCAUGACAGAGGUCUGGAACCACGCUCAGAUUCGCAGCUUGUAUUCAAACCUCGCCGAACAUGCUUUUGUUGGCCGAUCGCCCUGGAUGAUCAUCCAAUGGUUUGCUCGCAACCACCCAGAGUUCGAUUUCUUUUAUCAAUGGGAGUUCGACGUGCGCUAUACCGGCCACUACUUGGACUUCUUCGAAGCAGUGGAAAAUUUUGGGCGCAACCAACCCCGAAAAGGCAUCUGGGAACGAGCAGGGAGAGUCUAUAUCCCCUCCGUCCAUGGCGAUUUUGACACCGAUUUCCGCAAUGUAACCACAGAGGAAGAUCCUCACCAUGUGUGGGGGCCGGUGUCCGUCGAAGGGGUCAAACCUCGUGGUCCUAAGCCGCCAAAAGAGGAAGAAGAUAAUUUUGAAUGGGGUGUCGGUGAAGAUGCUGACUGGAUUGGCUUUCUCCCAAGCUUUAACGUGACUGGCACUGGCUGGUGGUUCCGCAACUACCUCUGGGGUUAUGCUCAGGGCACGUCGACACCGAGGAGGGCCACUCUCAUUGCGCAAGGCAGAGUCAGUCGACGCGUUCUGGAAAUCAUGAAUUAUGAAAAUGCAGAGAAUGGGCAUCACAUUGACGCAGAGAUGUUCCCUCAGACCAUGUGUCUCCACCACGGGCUGAAAUCCACCACAUUCCCGCACCCUAUUUUCGCCGAUCGAUUUUGGACUCCCGAGGCGUUACAAUCAACAUUCAAUGGGGGACCCUUUGGCCAAGCUGGAGGCUAUUGGAAUAGCACCUUCAGCAAGUGGAACGAACAUGCGUGGACCAACAUGACGUGGUACUACAGCUCUGCUCAAGCCAUGCCGAUUUUCCAACGCCUCCUCGGUAUCACAGCGCUCGAAAGCGGUGGUCAAGAAUGGGAGGAUGUGUACGGCCGUACAGUCGUUCGCCCCAUGCUACUUCAUCCUGUCAAGGGUGCGAAAACCUGGCAAUGGACUGAAGAUGGAUGGAAGCAAACCAAGGCUCGAACCUGA